UUCACACCAGAGGCGCACUCUCUCUUCAGGCUGGAAAGAAAGCAGGCAGAAUCUCUUUCUAUCUCUCUCUCUCUGGGGCUGGUAGGGGGGCUUCUUCCCCUUCAGACCAAGCUCUCCUGGAGGCUUGACCCCCCUUCCCCAAGCCAAGCCCUUUCCCUUUGGACCAGGCAUCCCUCUCCUGGAGUGGUCUCCCUCCAUCCGCCGACCAGAAAGGGAAGCGCUCCUGGUUGGGCACCAUGGCGAGGAAGUGAGACCGGUUGGCAUCACUGCCACUGUGGGGGCACUGAAGGGGUUUCACAGCCAGUGGAAGAAGAUCCUGUUGGCCUCAACCACCCACGGAGGAUGCCGCUAUCACGGUGGGGGUGGUGGCUGUCCUCUUGCUCUUUUGCCAAGGUUUUGGUUGCUUCAGUCCUCUUUGCAGAAGAUGCCUCCUGGGCUGAAGCCUUCACAUCUGAAGUGGAGGACAAUGCCACCAAUUGUGAAGGAUCCAACAAGUGUCAACCAGGAGUGAUCCUCCCUGUUUGGCAGCCGGACAACCCUUCCUUUGGAGACAAGGCUGCCAGGGCGAUUGUCUACUUUGUUGCCAUGAUGUACAUGUUCCUGGGAGUCUCCAUCAUUGCCGAUCGCUUCAUGGCAUCCAUUGAGGUGAUCACCUCCAAAGAAAAGGAGAUCACCAUCACCAAAUCCAAUGGCGAGACUAGCAUUGGCACGGUGAGGAUCUGGAAUGAGACAGUCUCCAACCUCACCCUCAUGGCCUUGGGUUCAUCAGCACCUGAGAUACUUCUCUCUGUCAUUGAAGUUUGCGGCCACAACUUCCAAGCUGGUCAGUUGGGUCCCGGAACCAUUGUGGGCAGUGCAGCCUUCAACAUGUUUGUGGUCAUUGCUGUGUGUGUCUACGUCAUCCCAAAUGGGGAAGUCCGCAAGAUCAAGCACCUGAGAGUCUUCUUUGUGACUGCUUCCUGGAGCAUCUUUGCCUACAUUUGGUUGUACCUGAUCUUGGCAGUCUUUUCCCCUGGGAUCGUGCAAGUCUGGGAGGCUUUGCUCACCCUUGUCUUCUUCCCCGUCUGUGUCGUCUUUGCUUGGAUGGCGGACAAGCGCCUGCUCUUCUACAAGUAUGUCUACAAGAGGUACAGGGCUGACCCACGCAGUGGAAUCAUAAUCGGAACAGAAGGUGAGUUCCCCAAAGGGAUAGAAAUGGAUGGAGGCUUUGUGGCCAAUGACCAUAGAGAGAGUGUCUUUGUCGAUGGGAGUGCAGCCUCCGUCGCUCCACUCCCAGUCACCACCCAAGAGGAUAAAGAGCUGGAUGAGAGCCGCAAAGAAGUCAUCCAGAUCCUGAAAGACCUCAAACAGAAGCACCCAGACAAAGAACUGGAACAGCUGGUGGAGAUGGCCAACUACUACGCCUUGUUGCACCAGCAGAAAAGCCGAGCUUUCUAUCGCAUCCAGGCAACCCGCAUGAUGACUGGGGCAGGAAACAUCCUCAAGAAGCAUGUGUCUGAGUUCUCCAAGAAGUCCGCCAACCUGCUUGAAGUUCCAUCAGAGGCAGAAGUGGAAGAGAACUACAGCAAAAUCUUCUUUGAGCCGUGCAUGUACCACUGCUUGGAGAACUGUGGCUCAGUCACCUUAACUGUGGCUUGCGAACAGGGCGGCGAUACUUACAACACUUUCUAUGUAGACUACAAGACGGAGGAUGGCUCAGCCAAAGCCGGCUCAGAUUACGAGUACAGCGAGGGGACAUUGAUCUUCAAGCCUGGCGAGACCCAGAAAGAACUGAAGAUCGGUAUCAUAGAUGAUGAUAUCUUUGAAGAAGAUGAGCAUUUCUUUGUCAGGCUGCUCAACUUGCGUGUGGGUGACGCUGAGGGCAUGUUUGAGUCGGACUCGGCUGACCACCCCAAGGGGCGGCUUGUGGCCCCCUUGGUGGCCACCGUAACCAUAUUGGACGAUGACCAUGCCGGAAUCUUUACCUUCCAGGACAAACUGUUGAGAGUCAGCGAGUGCCAAGGGACCCUGGAGGUCAAGGUGAUCCGUAGUUCGGGGGCUCGGGGGACUGUGAUGGUCCCCUACCAGACGGUGGAAGGGACAGCACACGGAGGAGGUGUGGACUAUGAAGACUCCUGCGGGGAGCUGGAAUUCAAGGAUGACGAAACAGUGAAAUCCCUUUAUGUGAAAAUUGUAGAUGUGGAAGAAUAUGAGAAGAAGGACAGUUUUUUCAUAGAGCUGGGGCAGCCACGCUGGUUGAAACGGGGCAUCUCAGCCCUCUUGCUCAAUCAAGUAGAUGCUGACAAAAAACUCUCUGCCGAAGAGGAGGAGGCCCGGCGGAUUGCUGAGAUGGGAAAGCCCAUCCUUGGGGAAAACUCCCGCCUUGAAGUCAUCAUUGAGGAAUCCUAUGAUUUCAAGAACACAGUGGACAAGCUGAUCAAGAAGACAAACCUGGCCCUGGUGAUUGGCACCCAUUCCUGGAGGGAGCAGUUCCUUGAAGCCAUCACCGUGAGCGCAGGCGACGAGGAGGAUGAAGAAGACGGCCGCGAGGAGCGGCUUCCGUCCUGCUUUGACUACGUCAUGCACUUCCUGACCGUCUUCUGGAAGGUCCUGUUUGCCUGUGUGCCACCCACCGAAUACUGGAAUGGCUGGGCCUGCUUCAGCGUCAGCAUCCUGGUCAUUGGGAUGCUGACCGCCCUCAUCGGAGACUUGGCCUCUCACUUUGGCUGCACUGUCGGCCUCAAGGACUCUGUCAACGCCGUUGUCUUUGUGGCCUUGGGCACCUCCAUUCCAGACACCUUCGCCAGCAAAGUGGCUGCCCUCCAGGACCAGUGCGCCGACGCUUCCAUUGGCAACGUGACAGGAAGCAAUGCGGUCAACGUCUUCCUGGGCCUGGGAGUGGCCUGGUCAGUGGCUGCCAUUUACUGGGCCUUCCAAGGCAAAACAUUUGAGGUGCAGACGGGCACCUUGGCCUUCUCCGUCACUCUCUUCACCAUCUUCGCCUUCGUUUGCAUCAGCGUCCUGAUGUACCGCCGCCGGCCGCACAUAGGCGGUGAGCUAGGGGGGCCCCGAACCGCCAAAAUCCUCACCACUUGCCUCUUCAUGGGCCUCUGGUUCCUCUACAUCCUCUUUGCCAGCCUUGAAGCCUACUGCCACAUCUCAGGCUUCUGAAGGAACCACCCACCCCAAGGUUUAGGCCAGGGCAUGGGACAAAACUCUGGACCACAAGGGCGCCUUUGAUGAAAAGACACUGCAGGCUGCAUUCCUUCCUAUCCCCCAUCCUCAGCUUUCUGAGCAUCCUUUCUUUACUUUUGAAACCUCCAUAUUUGUGAGACAAAGAAUGCCCUCUCUCCAAACCCCAGGAGCAGAGGCUUCCUUUAAUUUUGUUGCCCAGGAAAAGAAGAUUGCACAAUGGGUGGAUAGACUUCAUGAAGAAAGCCAUUGCCCUGAGUUUGCAGGGACUGAGUAAGGCUGCUGCUGAUGGACAGUCUUGGAGGUCUCUCAUUCAUAAGGUUGCCCUAAGUCUGAGCCAACUUGUCGAUAUCUGACAACAAUCCUCCCCUUCCUAAUUGUUAUUGGUGUCUACUCCAGUGCUCCAACACUCUCGCACUCCAAACCGGAAGCCCUUCUUUUCUCUCCUCUCCUUUCAUAUCUGACUCUAGUAACAAGGACUGGCUACAUUCCUGGGACCUCUCUCACACAUAGGAACUAGUGUGCAAGCCAAGAGGGAUGGACCAGGGUGUGUGUGCGUGUGCGUGUGUAUGUGUGUACUGUCCUAACGCCCAAUUGUUGCCCAUCCUUACCAAAUACCUUCUAACAUGUCUGCUAAGGUGCCCUUUAAUGGUUCUACUUUUCAACUGCACCUAGAACCACAGAAUCAGAGGGAAAGAGAGGUUCUUUCCCUCCAAUGUUUACUCAGAAGUGGGUCUCUUCUUUCUCUUGUUGAUAUAGGAGAGACAUGUAUUUGACGGCCUCCCAGAGUGGUACGCUUACAUCAGCAGUGACGGAAGUUGUGCCAUUUUCUUCUCUCUCUCUCUUUUACAAUUUGACGUUUUCGAUAGUCUUCUUGUGGUUUUAAAAACAACAGCAGGUUAACUGAACUGGGGUUACGCUAAGAGAAACCAGAGAUGGGCUCCACUUUGCUCAAGCUCAAUGCAACAAAAAGGAAGGGACUUUGAGCAUAGCUCCCACCCCACUCCUAAUUCUGUGGGUUUUUUGAAGGCGGGUGGAUAGGCAGAUGGAGGGACAAGGCAAAGCAUUUCCAGGAUUUCUUUUGUUUCUUUGUUUGUUUUGGUGAGGUUGUGCAUAUCAGCAGUGACUUGGGUCCAAACAACCAUUUUAAGACGCUUUUGACUCCUGCUUUGCUCUCAGUGACAAAAGGUGUUAAAUUAAUGGCAACCGAAUUUCUCUUUGUCGAGUACCAUUUUGUCUAACGUGUGUUAAAGUCAACUGCCGGGCAUUAUGAUUCCGCAUCCUAGUAGACCUUGUUUUCUACAAGCGAACAAGUCUCUAUGAAUGCCUGUGAGACCGAAACAAUUGGACAUUGAUCUUCAUUCAGAAUAUGUGUUGGAACCACUCUGUAGAUACAGCCAAUAGUAUUCAGUAAGUACAGGAACAGGUAGUAUAGUAACCUUAUAUCAGAAGAACACAGUGACCAAAGUGACCGAAUGUCUUCUGGUCAGGGUUUGGUGGAGAAACAAUGGAAGCCAUCUUUUGCAAAGGAAGGAUUAUAAUGAGUUGUCGAAUGAACUGAAAUUGUAGACAUGUUCAGAGAUGGCCUUGGCUUAGUUGUCCUUCUACGUGAAGGUUGCUUAACCGUGCAAAGAUCAUCUCCAAGCUCUGAUUUCUGCACCCCAACUGCCCAUCUUUCUGUAGCUGACAAACAGAAGAAGAGUGUGCCCACUUAUUUAAUAACCAGCACAGCACCUUUAAGAAUUGUGUCCCAAAUGGAAGCCCUGAUCAGAAAACAAUCUGCCAGGGAGACCAUUUUGUCAAAAGAUAUUAUGGAUAAAGAGCCAUGCCGUUUUCUUUCUUGUUUUAUGCGAGUGCGCAGAGAAGACCCUUUUGAGAAGUGUCCUCCAUAGAUACAAAUGUGGCAUAAUUCUGGGGCAGUGGUAGUUCCAUGACAGAACCACACUUUUCCAGGUCCCAUCUGAUGUGGAGAAAGGCAGUGGAAGGCUGUUUAUUUUGCACAGAUCCAAGUUUCACAUAGAGUCCAUAGCAAGGCUACAACCCUUUUCCCCGUCUGGGAUCACUUCAAAUCAUUAGGUGUUCGGUGGGGUGUUUUAUACAAACCAGAGUGGAAUGCAUUGUAACAAUGUUGUAGGGCUGGUUCAUUUAUUAGAAAGUACGAGUACAAGGAAGCCAACUGGACACAAGAUUAUCUCUUACCUUCUCUGUAUCGUGAUGCUUCCUCUCAAUUUGGUUUGCCAGUUUCAGAGUUCAAAAAUAUUGACUACAACUGGAUCCAUCCAUUUGCAAGGGCAACACCUAAAGUAGGAAAGGUGGACUUGUGGCUCAAGGGCCCAAUCUGCUCCAUGGGCAUCUCUAGUCUAGCCCACAAAGCCAUCUUGCCUGCUAUGUUGGGAUGGGUACCAAAACUCUUCCCACCUCUAGCCUAGAGAAAUCUAGUUGAAUAGUUUUGGAGGUAUAGUGGGGCCUAAGUAAGACUUAAUCCAGCCAGACCCAUAGACAGAGCACCAUGUUUUAUGGGUCAGUCUUAUAAAAAUAUUAAUCAGCCCCAAGGUUUCAGGAUGACCAGAACAGAGGAGCCUGGCCAUAUCUCAUUCAAAGGCAUCUAAGUCUAAGACGUUGCCUUGAAAUGUGGUUAUUUGCACAGGAGAGAAAACCAGCAGAUAAGAGAGACUCAACUUGUACCUUGGAAAGUUCUUUUGGAAAAUGACAUAAAACCCAGAGUGAAUUCACUUCCCCAUUGCCAUGGAAGCCAUCAGCUUCCACUGAGAGAGGGAAACAGGAGGAAGAAAGCCAUAAGGCAUGUGGAUGAAUGGGUCUGAAGGCCAUAGCAGCCACUGUGGUAUUUGAAAUAGUUUUCUCCUACAUUUCCAGGGGAAGCUCUUGAGAUGGGACGAAUGUUUCCUUUGGACUGAUCCCACACAAGGAGGUCCAUCACUCCAGUCCUUUUGGUUCCCUCUCAUCUUCUUGACGCAGCUGCAGAUGCUGCCUUGCCUCCAAAGAAGAUGGGGAACUCUUUGCACCAGAGGAAUCUUCUCUCUCCCUUUCCAAACAUGGGGCCAGGCUUGUCUCAGAGGAGCAAGAUUGUGCAUCCAAAUAGCCCCAUGAUUUGGACUCCUUUUUAUUUUAAAAAUCACCUAUCCUUCCUCAUAUCCCCAUUUGACUUUCUUAAGAAACUCUAAAACGGGGGAGAACAAUUUUCUAAUGUAUCCUAGAGACCAGAUCUGGACUGCGGAAAUGCUAAACCGGUCAAACGGUGGGUUGAGGUGGACUCCAAAGUGUUGUUUUUAAUAUCUGGUUUUCUUAACACUUCUUCCUCUUUGGCAUAUGAUGGAAGAUCACUUUCAAAGACUUUGUAGCUUCUUUCUGCUUGGCAGGGCAGGGGCACAAAAGAAAAAAAGAAAUCUUUACCCAG